UCUCUGCAGACGGGCUGAUCACUGCUUCGACGGAUGGCUCUCCCUUUCCAGGAUGCAGUGCAGAGCUACAUUGCUACAACCAUCUCGGCGGUCCUCCAUGAGCUGUCAUCGCCCGAUGGUCGACCGAUCAUAUCAAUAAGCCGAAGACCACCGAGACAGUCCUGCUAUAUUAACCCCGUCACUGGUGCCCUAGAAGCUGAUGGGUCGGACUCUCGUGUUGUCAACUACAGUUGGCCCGGUAGAGAUGCUCAUGAGGCCUGGGAAUUCACGAUUGUCUUUCGUAUCCUCGCAGUCAUCACCGAAGCGAUCCACGCAGGCUUGGUGAUCUCCAAAAGAGACAUCUACUACACUGACCCGGCGUGUUUCGGAUCGCAGCGAGCCGUCGACACUGUUAUCGACGACCUGGCUCAUACGAUUGGAGUGGAUAGAUUGUCGUUGAAUGUGGAGGCGGCAGCAAAAGGGCUGGUUACCGGUCAUUUCCGGCUCACCCCCCAGACUCGUGGUGCGUCGCAUGACUGUGCAUCUGACAAGGACGCUUUGAUACCGAGGAUACGGGAUUUCGAUAAUGUUGACACGUCAAGUGUCAAGUGGGUACUGAUCAUCGAAAAGGAGGCUGUCUAUCGUCGGUUAGCCAGGAAUGACUAUCAUAUCAGGGCGGCGGCUGGAGAAGGGAUUCUAAUCACAGGAAAAGGCUAUCCGGACUUAUCCACGCGUGAGUUUGUCCGUAAGUUGUCAGAAAGUAGACAACUGCUGGAAGACCCGCUACACUUCUACGCCUUGGUUGACAAUGACCCCGACGGCAUGGCCAUUAUGUCAACCUAUAAAUACGGCUCUAUGGCGCAUACACGCGACAAUGCAAGACUCAACAUUCCUUGCCUACGCUGGCUGGGGCUGCGCACGUCUGAUGUUGUAGCCGGCGCCAGCUCACUAGAAGAUGAUGCACUCAUUCCACUGACCGCGAGGGACCGAAAAAAGAUCAUCGCCAUGCUCUCAAGCAAUCCGGUGUGGGCAGCGGACGGGCCCGAGCUCGGAUGGCGCGCAGAGUUACAGCAGAUGCUCAUGCUGAACGUGAAAGCUGAACUGGAGAUCCUGUAUAACAGAGACGGUGGAAUCGAAGGAUGGGUUGAUCAGAAGAUGGCCACUGUAGUCCGAUAGACCAGGCCAUGUCAGCGAUACCGGGGCUCGAAAUGAU